GAAUAUUUUGGAAUCAGCAAUUGUGUAAGGCCUCAAAAAUGGACCUUUUUGGCAUGAUAUGGCAUUUUAGGCCUUUUUAGGCUUUUUCAAAAAUGGGCCUUACAUUUUAAAAAUUUGGGCCCAAUUUUUUGUUUUAGGGGCCCCAAAACUUUUCUGCAUCCCCUUGAGCUUCUGGAAAUGCCACUGAGCUGAAAUGUAGAUAAAAAAGUAGCUGUUUUGUUAUAGAGAACUUAUACAACUUACACCUCAUUCAACCUGAAACCCCUACUUCUAUCCUACAGUGAUCUAUUAGCUGAAUAUUGCCAGCUUUAAUACAUGGCUUACACAAGACUUGACUAAUUCUUAUUUUAAUGGUGUAUUGGUGAUCUAUUGAUGAUGUAUUAGUGGUAUAUUAGAUCUCUUUUUACUAGGGCAAUUCAUUCCUUUCAACAUGCAUUAUGGUAACUGAUUCAAUUGUAUGUACUAAACAUUUUGUAGAAUAACAAUGUUACCUCAUUUAGAAUGUACACCAAAGUAAAAAAAAAAGUGUGACUUCACCUGAUUCAAAAUGUCUUCACAUGAUUUUCUUAUUUUAUCAAAGCUUCACACGGUAGCCUCAAUGCCACAGAGGAAAUUCCACUUGGAAGUAACCACUGGACUCAUCAAUGGCAUGAUGAUGAACAAUCACAAACGCGUCAUUCUGAAUCCUGAUAUUAGACAUGAAAGGGAGAUGGCUCAUGCCCCACAGCUGCAAAGUACAGCAUCAUGGUGCACUGUACACAAACAGAAGUGUGACACAAAGUAUUCUUGCAGGGUGUGUAAAGUCAGGAUGUGUCAAGAUCCUUGCUUUUUCAGGUAUGUUUUUAUGGUAAAUGUUUUCACUUUUACUCAU